CGUGGUAGCGCAACGUUUGCAGAUGCAGAAACCUCCGUUUCAGUUACAGUGGUAUGGCAUUGGGCAGAAUGGAGACCAAACCAGUGAUAACCUUUCUCAAAACCCUCCUCAUCGUUUACUCCUUUGUGUUUUGGAUCACUGGGGCGAUUCUGUUGGCUGUAGGAGUAUGGGGAAAGUUCAUGCUGGGGCCGUAUAUCUCGCUGAUUGCUGAGAACACCACUAAUGCUCCGUAUGUCCUCAUUGGUACUGGGACCAUCAUUAUCGUCUUCGGCCUGUUUGGAUGCUUUGCCACCUGCAGGGGGAGCCCAUGGAUGCUCAAACUGUAUGCCAUGUUCUUAUCUCUCGUGUUCCUGGCUGAGUUGGUUGCUGGAAUCUCUGGCUUUGUUUUUCGACAUGAGAUAAAGGGCACCUUCCUAAGAACGUAUACUGAUGCUGUGUUGAACUAUGAUGCUGAGGAUGAGAAGAGCCUGGCUGUGGACAAUGUCCAAAUCAGUCUGCGUUGCUGUGGGGUGUACAACUAUACCAGCUGGUUGGGCAGUGUCUACUACCCUGCCAAUGGCUUUCCUCCCAGCUGCUGUUCCAACUCCUCUGACUGCAGUCUGAAGGACCUGCGUAACACCACAAUAAACCACACCAAGAUCAACCAGCAGGGCUGUUAUGAACUGGUCACUUCCUUCCUGGAGACAAACAUGGCCAUCAUUGCAGGGGUAACGUUUGGCAUCGCCUUCUCACAGUUGAUUGGCAUGUUACUGGCCUGCUGUCUAUCCAGAAUCAUUACAGCCAAUCAGUAUGAGAUGGUGUAGCUGAGAGAGCAGAGAGAGAAGAGAUGUCAAACAGCACCUUGGUAGAUUGGAACAGAAGAUCCCCUCAACACAAGCUCACCACAUCUCUUAAACUCUCUCAUCUCUCACUCUUUCUCUCAUCACGCUUCCAUCUCUCUCCAUCUUCCUAUCUCUGUCUUUCUCUAUCUCCCUCAUUCUCUCUAAUGUUAUUUUAACUUAACUUAUUUGUAAAGAUGAAGCAUUCCUUAACUUGCUGCUGUACCAUGAAAGCAUUCUGUCAGGACUGUGAACUCCGCCAAGUGACUCUGCUGGUAGACAUUAUGAGCACUGGGAUCAUCUUAUCAUUCAGCCUUUUAUUCACCUCCUGCUGUAAUUAAUUCAAUUCAAACGUUUCACACCAUGUAUUAAUACAGUUAAUGAAUUUUAAAUAGCUCCCCCACCAUCCCUCUCAACCACCUGAUAGCAUAUAAAAUCCAUCAUAGAAUAUAUAAAUGUACAUUAUAUUACAUAUUGAAUAUUCUGAGCCACAGAAAUACCAGUAGAAACACCUUGUUGAACGAAACUCAUAGAUGUAAAAGUUACAGAUCACAAAUGUCCACUACUGCUUCUUUCCUUGUGUUGUAAGAUGCUUUGGCCUAGCUGAUCCUGGCCAUGAAUCCAGACAAACCAUUUCCCUAAAUAUGAGGAGUCGUUAGUUAAUUGAUAAAGGGUGAGGUGGGAUCCACCUCUUUCACCAUUUAAUCAUCAUUUAGCAGCUGUGUUUCCUGCCAAUCACUGUGUUGGAAUCAUCAGAAAGCUACAUCACUGUUACAUAUUAAAGAACAGUUUUAUCUAUCAGAACUGAGAAUAUAUAAUUGACCCAAGAAUCCAAACAGUCCUGAGCAUUUCCAUUCACCUGUUAAAAGGUACGAAGUUCCCCCGAGAAGCACAAUUCUCUUAAUGGAGUUGUACAUAUGCUGUCUUUCUUUGCGUUUACGUUCUCUGGCCAAAGUUAUAACAAUUUAAUUGGUAGUUUAUGGUUUUAAGAUUAUCCAAAUACGUGUUCUGCUGCUUUUUUAGCAGUCACUAAAACCCACCCUGUCCUCUUACUGCGCCCCCUCCUGGUCAGGCUGGCUCCACACAAGCCCGAACCUUGGCAAAAGAUGGCCGACAUACUGUUUUAAUGUGGUUGCGGCUCCCUACUGUAAACACCUAAACUUCAGACUGACUGUGUGUUGAUAUAACGGUGAGGGAGCAUGUACAGCUAACCUUUCAUGUGCAUCUCUGCUUCUCACUGCUACUGUAUGUGGAUGAUAUCUCUGAUUCAUUUCUUUGACGUUGGCUAACAAUGAUUUGUAAUAUGAAUUUGGAUGUGUAGGUCGUCUUACUCUUGGACAACAUCCAAGAGCUGUAUAAUAAUUACUAAUGCAUUAUUAUAACACUUGAUAAGGUAGUGUCUUUGUUCGGAAUCCUGAGCUGUUUGGGUUUAUUUGUAAUUUGUUUUAAUACGUGGGCAUAGACGGGUACUGAUAAAUAGUAUUAUUUAUUGAUUGUAUAGAUGUUUUAGUGCAACACAUUGUUUUAUUUAAUUAUUGUUUAUAUUUAAACAUGUUGCAUGUCCGCUAUGUGCACACGUGUGUGUGCCUGUUGUUCAUGCGUGUGAGUGAGAGGUGGUUUCACAUGGGCGGAGGCAUCUAUAGAGGCUGACGUCCUGAUAUCGGUCUAGUCCACAAUGACCUCGCCAGAUCACAGCCCAAUCAUCAUCACACAAUGGGGGAUGACCAAAAACAUCCUGGGCAAAAGCCCUGGAACCUGGUCUGGUAACACUUCAGUGUAGCUGGACAGUGUGGAUAAUUACUCGCUUGAGAUGCAGCUCUUCUUGAUGUGAGCUUUGGAUCAGUAUGAUGCAACGCUCAGUCUGUCUGUUUCCUAGCAUUAUGUUUAGAAUGAAUGACCGUGUCUAAAAGUCAUGAUGAUCAACAGAAUCUCGAACCCUGUCAGUCUGACUGGUGAAGUCAUGGGUAGAUCAGCCAUGGAUAUCUGCGAUAGUGUAGAAAGGUCAUGAUGCUGACAGAUGUGAUUCAUGCAUUGAAUACAUUAAAACAUUUAUCUGAACUUUAAAUACAAUGAAACAAUUCUCCUCCUCCUUUUCCGAUUUCCCUGUCUAAUAAAGCAUUAAAAAUUCCUGAAAAUAUAUUAUAGGUGCUACUGUUCGCCUACCUGUUUUGCAUCCAGCACUGGGCUUCCUGACCUCCACCAGACCAAGAGACAUUUCCUCUAAUUCAGUAGACCUCGAUCACUAGAUCUAAACUAACACAGAGCAGAACCGAACCGACCAGUCAAUACUUAUUUACAUCCACAGUUGCAGUAUUAAUGAAAACGUUCUGUAUAUUAGUCAUCCUUUGAAUCUCUUGGCACCAGCUGGUUUAGCAUGUCCGUGGUGCUCUGUUGUUGAUAUUGUAACCAUCAGUGAUCUCUGUAUAAUAAAGGAUCAUAAAAACGUCA